AUGGCGUCGAUCCUGAUUUUCUUGCUUGCUUGGCUGCUUGUUCUGUUAAACAUCCUUGUGGGCGUCAAAUCCGCAGAGAGACCCCUGACAGACCAUUGCCCGAGUACUAUUAGUAAUUAUACACAAGGAAGCAAUUUUCAGUCGAAUCAUAACCGCUUGCUUUACAGAUCACUAUACAAUAAUGGAGGCAAUUCCAUUUAUGCAAAAGUCACUGAAGGAGAAGAACCUGAUAAAGUUCAUGGAGUAUUCCUCUGUAGAGGAGACGUUGUGCCUAAAGACUGCCAAAAAUGCAUAGACGUGGCAAGUGUGCAGAUCUUGCGGCUAUGUCCUUUCAAGAAACAGGCAAUUAUAUGGUAUGAUCAGUGUUUGGUCCGCUAUUCUAAUGUAUCUUUUGCAUCUACGCCAGAUCCCUCGGCUUCUUUGGGGCUGUAUGAAGUGCAAAACGUUUCACGGCCAGAACAAUUUAUGGAGAAUUUGAGGACAAUGUUUGAUAAUCUUACCACUCAAGCAACUACCGUCAAUCACAAACUAAAAUAUGCUGCAAAUUCUGACGAAAUUAGCCCUUUUCAACAGUUGUAUGGCAUGGUGCAGUGUCUACCUGAUUUGUCAGCUGAAGAUUGUCGCACUUGCCUGAAGACUGCUCUUUCUAGAAUAAGUAACCCAUUCUUUAAUGUCUACGUACCAAUAGGAGGCAGAAUUCUAGGUUCAAGCUGCAAUUUAAGAUAUGAACUAUACUCAUUCUUAAGUCCUGGUGGACGGGGACAGGAAGCACCGCCGCCAUCAACCAACCAGGUUAAGGAAGACAAAGGCAAAAAUACUUCGAAGACAAAACUUAUUAGUAUCAUCGUAGGUGUUAUAGCACCGUUGGCUGUUGUACUUGCAGGAACUAGCUUUUACCUUGUGAAAAGAAGAAAACUGAUGGAGAGAGAGGCAGAUGAAAGUAGACAAGAAAUUCAAUUUCUUAACACAGUAUUGGAAACACUUCGUGGAGAUGUUUCAAAUGAUGGUUUUCACUCGGAGUCUAGGUCCCAAGAGUUUCCAGUUGUAAAAUUAAAUAUCAUUAGUGCAGCUAAAGAAAAAUUUUCGGAAGAAAACAAGCUCGGAGAAGGUGGAUUUGGUCCAGUGUACAAGGGUACACUAGCCAAUGGCAUAGCAAUUGCAAUCAAAAGACUCUCUAGAACGUCCGGUCAAGGUCUAAAAGAGUUCAAGAAUGAAGUCUUAACAGCCAGAUUACAACACAGAAAUCUCGUGAGGCUCCUGGGUUGCUGUUUAGAGGGCAAUGAAGCAUUGCUCAUCUAUGAGUUCAUGCCCAACAAAAGCCUGGACUUCUUCCUCUUUGGUUCGACCUUUUAUUAUUUGGCAUAUAUAUACCAUGAAGCAGCAAUUAGCUCACCAACUUCAUACAUUUUUUUCUAG